AUGUCUUAUCCAAAUCUUCCUCCAGCUCUGACACCCCAGCGACCGCUACCUGGCGCCUUUUUUCAGACUCCUGGUCCGAACAAUGUUCCGAGUGCGCCAGCUUUCUCUCCGAAGCCAGCUCCUGCCCCCGCAGAGCAACCUUCACCAGCUUCUCUCCCAAAACUUCCUCCUGCCGCGUUUAAGUCGAAAAGUCAGACCUUAAGCACUGAGGAGCGCGCAGCUCGAACCGUCAAUGAUACGCUCACCCAAGAAGCCCGCUACCCUGACCUCGACAGCUACCUUUCUCAAGGUUUCUCGUCUGAUUAUGAUAUCCCGGUUUCCCCAUCAUGGGCUCCUUUUCAGAAAGUGAAGAUGUAUAACAUUCCAGACCAGAUCUUUGAUCAGUACAACCGAGCGCAGGUCUCUACGAGCAUGGGUCUUUUCGCAGAGUUAAAUCAUGCGUGGGUUGCCAUUGACAACGCGCUCUACAUUUGGGACUAUACACACCCGAAUCCCCAGCUGGUGGGCUUUGAAGACCAACCAAACAGCAUUAAUGCGGUUAAAUUGGCCAAACCUCGCCCGGGAGUGUUCCUGCCUUCCAUCACACAUUUGCUUGUCGUAUCAACAACUGCAGACGUCAUCCUACUUGGCAUGGGCUGUGAGACGACCCCUACAGGUGCACGCCAGGUGACAUUGUAUCAAACGGGCAUGUCGACGUCAAUUCGUGGUCUAGACAUCCACGUUAUCGCGUCGUCGGACGCGACCGGUCGUAUAUUCUUCGGUGGUUCUUCCGACAAUGACGUUUAUGAGCUCACGUAUCAACAAGAGGAAAAGUGGUUUCAAGGACGUUGCUCAAAGGUCAACCAUACUAGCUCUCGCUUGGGCGCCUUGACCCCCAGCUUAAGCUUCUCGAGCUUCACGCACAAGAUGUUCGAAAAUGUCGAGCAGAUGGAGAUUGAUGACAGCAGACGAUUGCUCUAUACACUGUCUUCCUCGUCCACAAUCAGAGUAUUUCACAUGAAGCCCGACGGUACCCUUGCCUUAGCGAUCACAAAGCCUGCCAUGGACAUUUAUGCCAAUAUCGGGCAUAUAAUUGCAUCGAAUGAGACUUUGAACCCCAAGGUCCCAAUCGUUUCUAUCAGUCCUAUUCCGGCUGCGGAGGCGUCUAGAUAUCAUUUGAUGGCUACCACUGCUACUGGUUACCGAAUCUAUUUGAGUGCCACUGGCUCAUACAGUUGGUCCCCAUCACCCAACGGUACCAAUGCGCCUACGAGCAUGCAGGCUCACCAUGUGAAAACGCCUCCUUUCGAUGGCGCUUCCUCUAGUCCAGCGGGCCCGGCUUUCCAGGGUCAGGGUCGUUUCCAGCCGUCAGUAGCAAAGGUUCCAAUCCAUUCUCUUGACCCUACCAGGUUCACUGUCCGAUACCCUCCUGGCUACUUCUUUUGCUUCACAUGCAAAGACCCAACGCAAAAGACAGAUACUCUCUUUGUUUCAUCCCCUGAUUCUGGACGCGUUGCUCGUUCCCAAGAAAAUGUCAUUCCUGGCAAUGCUGCCGAGACAGCUAUCUGGCUUUCUUUGGGUAGCAGGGUGGAAGAUGUUGGUCUUUGCUCCCCGUCUACAGCGGCAUCAGCCACUCCAGGUGGCUUUGGUAACGAACUUGCGGUUCAGUUUGACAACCCGGCCGCCGAAAUCGCCAUCUUGACUAAUACUGGCAUCCAUAUUAUUCGUCGCCGACGUCUUGUUGACAUGUUUGCGGCCCUGGUUCGCGGCGGCGGGGACGGCGAUGAAGGCUUAGAAGGUGAAGUGAAGAACUUUAUUCGUACGUAUGGCCGGAGUGAGACACUUGCAACUGCUCUCGCGGUCGCGUGCGGCCAAGGCGUAGAAAUUUCUGCAGACUCGCGCCUGACCCAGAUUAAUGACCCCCAUGUGCUCGAAUUUGCUCGCAAGGUCUUCAUCGAAUAUGGAGGAAGACCCACGAUGAAUGAAAAUGCGGUAGCUGACAACUCUACACCGGCGAUCGAUUCUGUGGUUCCGUCCCCCCGGCAUGCGGGCAUUGCUCUUUACAUGUCUAGGUUGCUACGUACAAUCUGGAGGAAAGAAAUUGCUAAAGUCGGGCCCUCCCCCGGCGGGGCACAAACGAUUUUACCUUCUGUUCCAUCCGCAAAGUUGCAAACUAUCCAACGAGAUCUAUCGGCGUUGCAGGAAAGCCUGGCACGUGUGUCAACCAAGCAAGAAGAAACUGCGCUUCAAGCAGAGCAUCGUGCCCUGCAUUCGCUUGUUCAACUUGUAUCUCACACCAUUGAAGGCAUUUCAUUCAUUCUGGUUCUGUUCGAUGAGCGUGUUGACGAGAUUGUUGCCACUUUGCCAGAUGACUCAAAGCAGCGAUUCAUGAAGCUUACAUUCGAGGAGCUCUUCAGCACUAGCAAGGGCCACGAUAUCGCGAAGGAUUUGGUCAAGGGAAUUGUGAACCGAAAUAUCGCGAAAGGUUCGAACGUGGAAACGGUUGCUGACGCUUUACGGCGGCGGUGCGGCAGUUUCUGCAGCGCUGAGGAUGUGGUUAUCUUCAAGGCUCAGGAGCUGCUCAAGAGAGCGACUGAAGCUGGUUCCAACUCGGAACUCGGCCGCAAUCUACUCAAUGAAAGUCUUCACCUAUUUCAGCAGGUUUCCGAAAGCUUGCCAAUGGAUUACCUGGUUUCUGCAGUGGAAAACUUCAUAUCCAAUCAAUUCUUCGCUGGCGCUAUACAGCUUGCGCUCAAUGUUGCUGCACGCUCAGACAAAGCUAAUAUGGCACUUUCGUGGCUUGUCGAUGGUCGUCCAGAGAAUGAUUCUCGGAGUGACUACUUUUAUUUCAGAAAGCAGUGUUAUGAUCUCAUCUUCAAGGUCAUCAUUGCUGUGGAUAACCUCGCAGCUCACGACCCUGGUGUUGUUGACGGACAACUCACUGUCGUUGCCAAGCGCAAGAACGAAGCCUAUGGAGUUAUCUCUGACUCUAUUGAUGAGGUGUUCUUGACUAGCUUGUAUGACUGGUACUUAGAGCAGGGCUGGAGCGAGCGCUUGCUUCACGCAAACUCCGCAUUUGUGGUUACCUAUCUCGAGCGGAAGUCUACGGAUGAUAUUGCACAUGCGGACCUCCUAUGGAGGUACUAUGCUCAGUCUGAGCGCUUUUUCGAAGCUGCCAAGGUUCAGUUCCAUCUUGCGCAAAGCGCUUUUACUCUCCCUCUUGGCCGCAGAAUCGAGUAUUUGGGCCGUGCCAGGGCCAACGCUUCGACAUUUACGCCGGAUGUUGGGCGACAGUUACGACAGCGCCUGUUGCAAGAUAUCUCAAAUCUCAUUGAUCUUGCAAACAUUCAGGAUGACCUUCUGCAGCGCCUGAAAGAUGAUAAGCGCUUAACUCCGGAACGCAGGACGCAGGUUCUUGCAGAUGUUGACGGCCCCAUCAUGGACAUUAGCACGUUGUUCAACCAAUAUGCCGACCCUGCAAGCUACUACGAUAUUUGCUUGCAAAUAUUCUACUUAGCCGAUCACAGGAACCCAGCAGAUAUUCGGUCCACGUGGCAGCAUCUGCUACAAGAUUUGCACGACGAGACCGUCGAAAAUGGAGAGCCCCAGCCAUAUGAAGCUGUAAUCGAUAAGGUGCGCAGCUUGGGAAGCCGGUUGCGCAUGUCCGAUAUAAUAUUCCCGAUCCCCACUCUUUUGCCCAUGCUUGAGCGCUAUGCGCUGGAACACCAGCGUGGUGUUGGACCAGCAACAUGGGUUGUCGACCUCUUCCUCGACCUUGGAGUCGCUCACGAAACUCUUUACACUGUCCUCGAAUCCAUGUACUACACAGAUGAGGCGCCCUUCCACGGCACCAACCGGAAAUACAUCGCCAAGGACCUCCUCUACCUCAUCGAGCACUGGUUCCACGACACCGUCCGCCUGGGCGGAACUGUGUUUGGCAGCGACGUGGUUGCGGAACGCAUCACAGAGACGCUGCUCCUGCUGCAGCAGGGCGGUAACAUUCCUCCCGAACAAUUGCAAUUGGCCAAUGAGCUGCGGACACGGGUUGAAGAUAUACUGCGGUAA